AGUCAUUUUUAAUGAAACCAGUUCAUAGAUCGAUUAAACGAUUCGCGAGGAGUGGAGAACUUCAUUCGGACAUGUGGAGCGAAAUUUUCCAGCAAUGUCAGAAAUCAAUAAAACAGGCAUCAAAGGAGAGCCAACCACAGCACAACUUGUUACCUUCUACACAGAUCAUGGUGUGUCAACAACUAUUGUCUGUCAUUCAUCAACUCAGUGUUUCAGCGGGACUUGCCCAUGCCUGCUGAUCAAUAACAUUUUAUGUUGAUCUUUCUAAACAAGAGUGUGAGACAUCAGUCUAUGCACAGGACACAACUGCAAACAUUCAGUCAGAAUUGCGGCGGUACGGCAGGCUGCCUGCUAUCUUGGCAUGUUCAGCUUCAUUUGAUUAGCUCUGUGCUUCAAGAUGUGGUCAAACAUGGAAGCUCUGAUCUGGCUCUUUCUGGUUCUAAGUUUAAAAACAACAGCUCUGCUGAUUUCACAAUGCACUUUGCAGAAGGAUUUUUUAGAGUCACUGAAACCUCAAGAUUUAUUUUAUUAUUUUGAUACCAUUUCCAUUAAAUCAGUGCCUCACUUUGAGUUGGUGUGGGUGAAUUGCUCAAGGAAUGAGUCUUUCAGAGGGCUAUGGAGGUGCUCGUUUCACAGCGAAGAAGAGAGUUUUGAGCUGGGCCAACACAGAGAUGAACAACCCGUAUCCUGUCCCACGAGUCUGGAGAUGGUGAUCAACUCAACAGUGAGCGUGGUGAAGAAAAGGGAGGAUGUGUGCUGCGAACAGCUGAAGUUACUGAGACCAGCACAUACGAGAACUCUUCUCCCCAUCUGCCAUGGCAAAUUACAAGGUCUGAUUCAGUCAGGGGAGAAGAGGCUGUAUAUUCGCCCGGUGCUUCAAAAACACAUAGACCAUCUGAAGGAGCUUACUGUGAAUUUACCUUCUGGUGUACCUCACCUGCUGUUGACCCACACAUUACCAGUGAGGACACGUCUUAAACAGCCUAAAAGUCAGUUCAGGUUACGGCGAACACCUCUGGGGUCAAAGGUCACACAUCUGGAGCUAGCAGUGGUGGUGGGUCCAGAUGUCUAUGAUGUUCAUAGGCAGGACACUGAGAGAUACAUCCUAACCAACCUCAAUAUCGCCUCUGAGCUUCUGAGAGAUGUUACUCUCGGCGCCAAUAUAAGAGUUCAUCUUGUUCGUAUGGUCAUUCUCACAGAGCCGAAGCCAGACAUCCAGAUCUCCGAAAACAUCACAUCCUCUCUAAAAAGUGUGUGUGAGUGGGGUCAGAGGGUCAACCCUGAUGCUGACAAUGACCCUUUACAUGCAGAUCUGCUGUUAUACAUUACCAGGUUUGAUCUGGUGUUACCCAAUGGGAAUAAGCUUGUGAGAGGUGUGACCCAGCUGGGCGGAGUCUGUUCCACUCAGGGGAACUGUGUGAUUACAGAAGAUACCGGCUUUGAUCUGGGCAUCACCAUCGCUCAUGAGAUUGGCCACAGUUUUGGCAUAAAUCAUGAUGGAAUAGACAACACAUGCAGCUCCAGUGGCUUUAUGAUGGCAUCUGAUGGAGGUUAUAACAGUGUCGAUCUCACCUGGUCCCAGUGCAGCAGAGCUCAGCUCCACAACUUCUUCAGUGCUGGGAAGGCGGAGUGUGUGAAGGAUGUGCCGGUACUGGGUGGAUCAGUGCAGGACUGGAGGCCUGGUCUCUUCUAUGGAGUGGACGAUCAGUGUCGUAUAGCAUUUGGCAGCUCGGCUACUGCUUGCUCUUUCACUAAUGGUGAUAUGGCAACAUGUCGUGUUUUGUCCUGCCAUAUCAACCCUCGUGACCGCAGCUCAUGUACUCGUCUCCUUGUUCCACUCUUGGAUGGGACGGAGUGUGGGCCCAGUCAGUGGUGUUUGAAGGGCCGAUGUGUGUCUCCUUCUACAUUGGGUUCCUCCAUGAUGGUUCACGGCUCUUGGUCUUCAUGGUCUGAAUUCUCUUCCUGCUCACGAACAUGUGGAGGAGGAAUCACUUACCGCAGGAGACAGUGCAACAACCCCAGGCCAGCCUUUGGUGGUACCGUCUGUAAAGGACAGGACACAGAAGCUGAACUUUGUAAUCGGCAGGCCUGCGAGUCGACUCAGCUGGAGUUCAUGUCUCAGCAGUGCUCAGCUACAGACCAGCAGCCUCUGUCAGUGUCUCCAGACUCCAGCUCAGUGUACACCUGGAUCCCUGCUGUCGGCUACAGCUCAGGUGAUGCUCAGUGUAAACUGACGUGUCGCUCCCGUGAGCAGGACUUCAUGGUGAGUCGUGGGUCUCAGUUCAUCGAUGGGACGCGGUGUGAAGCUGCUCAUACUGUACCACCUGGUUCCAUUUCUACCUGUCUGGGUGGAAAGUGCCAGCUUUUUGGCUGUGAUGGAGUGAUGCAUUCUGGGAAGGUGGAAGAUGUGUGUGGGGUGUGUGGGGGCAAUGGCUCCACCUGUCAGUUCAUCUCAAACACCUAUUCAGGCGGAGAGGCUGGAGAGUAUGUCACAUUCCUCAGCCUUCCUCUGAACGGCUCUCAGGUUCAUGUGAUUAACAUGAAGCCGGUAUUUACACACCUUGCGGUGUUAUUAAAUGAUAAAUAUGUGGUGUCUGGAGAUGGAAGCCCAGGCCUGAGCAUCACAUACCCCUCACCUCUGGAGAAAAGCCCCAUAAUCUAUAACCUGUACCUCACACCUGACCACCUGCCUCAAACUGAAGAGCUCACUAUCUCUGGACCAGUCACAGACAAAAUCCACAUACAGGUGUUUCGAAAAUACGGGCAAGAGUAUGGAGACCUUACCACCCCAAACAUCUCAUACCAGUACUAUUCGUCUGAAACUGUUUCAGCGGAGAGAGCUGCUAAAGGCAGAUGGUCCACUGUCAUCUCUGCCUGCUCAGUGACCUGCGGCACAGGCAUCCAGAAAAUCAGUCAGCACUGUGUGGAUGUGCUCACACUGGAGCGUCUGGAAGAUGAGCUCUGCAGUUCAUCCCCGCAAGCACCAGAUCAGCUGCAGCCCUGCUUCCAGCCCGACUGCCCACCCAGCUGGGAGGUGGGUGAGUUUGGACCCUGCAGCGCCCCCUGUGGCGAGGGAGAGCAGGGGCGCUCUGUCAAAUGUGUUCAGAAGCAGGGUACAGUGAAAGUGAAGCUGCCUGACUCAGACUGUGCCCUUGACUCGAAACCACAAACCACUGAGACCUGCAACCCCCAAAUCUGUCCUGCCAGAUGGCAGGUGUCUGAGCCUGGCGAGUGUUCGGCUGUGUGUGGACCCGGGGAAGCUCAGAGAACAGUGUCGUGUGUCCGCUCCCAUCAUGGAUCUGAUUCUGAGGUUGACCAAAACCUGUGCUCUGAACCCAAACCCCCAGAACACGUUCCCUGUGUGGUGGACGUUUGUCCUGUCGGCUGGGAUUCCCAAAGAGAGCAGAUCCAUACAGACUCCCAUGUAAUGCCCCGCUCCAGAACGGUUCCGGUUUAUGUUUGGAGUCCAGUGAUUGGCCAGUGCUCAAAGACCUGUGGGAACGGAUCUCAGCAGGUUUGGUUCUCCUGUGUGGAUCACCAAUCACGGCUAGAAGUCCCAGAGUUCCUUUGUGAUCGUACCAAUAAACCAGAGAUGUACACCCAGCCCUGUAGCCCAUCAAAAUGUCCUGCUAUGUGGCGCUACAUACAGGGCCCGUGCAGUGUGUCUUGUGGAGGUGGUGUAGCGAAGAGAGUCCUGUACUGUUCACAGAGGAUGGAGGGAGGAGACGGAAACAGGGAUCUGGUGCUGGGAGAAUCUGCUUGUCAGUCUAUGGCCAGACCUUCAGAGGUAGUGGAAUGUAAUACUGAAGCCUGUCCAGCCAGGUGGCAGGCAGGAGAUCAGGGCGACUGUUCGGUGUCAUGUGGGAUGGGUGUAGCUGUCAGGAGCGUGCGGUGUGUUCAGUAUGAAGGAGGUGUAGAGAGGCUGGUGGAGGAGGACCGGUGUGACCCAGGAAACAAGCCUCCAGUCACUGCACCAUGCUUCACACAAGUCUGUUCUUUCCACUGGGACGUGCAUGAGUGGAGUGAGUGUUCAGUCUCAUGUGGUGAUGGGAUCCAGUCUCGGACCGUGUCCUGCAUGGGCCCAUCCAGCCCUCUUCCUGUCAGUCCCUUUCUUUGCCUCCACUUACCCAAACCGAUCACCAUCCAGGCCUGCUAUAGUCCUGACUGUUCUUCAGCUCAGACCUCCACACCAGAGCCCAACAGCACUCAAAUGCAGUCAGAGCCCUGGAGAGAAGAGGGGACACAGAGAACCACGCCAGCACCAGCUGUCAGAAUGAUGAGGAAGAGUUUCUCAGCCAUUGCACCUACAGCAGACGUGAUAAAAAGCACCAUGAGCAUGACAACAGAACCACCACAGACCAGUUUCUGUGGGCGACUUUUGCUUCAAGACUCAGGAACUAUCGAUCUGCGCAACGUCACUCAGACGAGGUGUAUUUUUGCUAUUGGCCGACCUCUUGAUGAGGUUAUUCAGAUCAAAAUCAUAUCCAGCACUCUUAACUGCCAGUUGAAGGAGAAUAUCGCCCUGUAUGACAGACUCAUCCUGAUGCGUCUCUGUGAGAGGAUGACCGGUAAAACGCUGAAAUCACGAUCAAAUGUCCUACUGGUGCGUCAGAGCCGCCUGACCCCUGGGAAUGGAGUGCUGCUAUUUUAUCAAAGUGUAAAGAACAAAAAAAGCCACCAUGGAGAGUGUGACGUUCAGCUGUUCUCUCCGUCUGGACUCAUUGAGAAUCUGAUCAAGAGUGCUACCACCGCCGCCUCUAACACUCAGAGCUGUCGCGUGUUCAUCGACGCUCCGCCUGCUUUCAGGAUUCAGAUCAGAGCGCUUUCUGUGCUCAACAACACCAAUACAAACUCCACAUACAUACUGAUUCGUGAUGUGGAUGCCUUGAAGACGACCAUCUUCAGAGGGACUCGGCUGUUCCUGUGGAGCUCCUCAGGAAGCAGGGCUGAAGUGGAAUUCCACGGGGAGUAUCAGCAAAUCAAGGGCAUGUUUAGGGCUGAGUAUUCAUACAUUAACCCUUCUGAAGAACAACCAGUGUAGUCUGUAAG